AUGGCAGGCCUCCCAGACGAAAUAACGACGGAGAUCCUGUUGCGUCUCCCGGCGAAAUCUUUGGUCCGAUUCAGGUGCGUGUCCAGAUUUUGGAACUCGCUGCUCACCUCGACCUCUUUCGUCGAAGCUUAUUCCGAUCGAUCGUCGAGACUCGGCCACAAGUAUCUUCUCAAGUACAAUCGCAAUGAUUCCUCGAGGAAUGAAAACGACUACACUCAAUCGGAGAUAUUCCUUUGGAACCCGUCGACCAACGAGCGGAGGCGCCUCCCUCAACCCCGCUUUUUCGUGUCGGAACUGAUCGGUUUCGGGUUUGAUCCCUCGCCGAGCGGCGGCUGUGUCGGCGAUUUCAAGGUGGUCAACAUAAGAAUGGAAGGUGGGUUCUUCAUGAGCCGUUGCUCGCAGGAGGAGGUUUACAGCCUGAGGCGAAAUUCUUGGAAGCGGAUCAGCAGUGUGUUCCCAUGCGGGAUCGAUCCCAAGUGCUCGGGCAACCAAGUGGUCUUCGGGAACUUCGUGUGCUGGUCAUACCAAUACGACGCGUCGCUGGUCCUGUUCGAUCUUGUCGAGGAGGUCUUCCAUCAGAUGGUCCUGCCAAGUUCGAUGCGUGCGGUGACCGAGCACAUAUCGUUGUUGGACGGACGUUUGUCCCUGAUCGCAUGGAAGCGCUCGUGUCACAGUCGUGAGAUGUGGAUCAUGGAAGAGUUUUGCGCUGCCGAGCCCUGGACCAAGCUGUACACGAUCGAUCUAUCUUCGACUUCAAGCUCUAUUUUGCGAUAUUCACCGCUCGGAUUUGCAGGCUCUCGAAGCGUUCUCUUCGUCAAGAGCUCCUCCUCCGGUGAGCGUGUGGUUUCCUUCAACGUAGAGACAGCACAGUUUGAAGAACUGGAAGUCGAGGACGAUUCAGUCAAGAGCUGUCGGUUGGUUACCUACACACACAGCUUGGGUUUCUCUUCCGAACACUGA